AGUAACAAGAGGUUGUCAGAACACACAGACGUAUUGUAGAACCAGCACACCGAAAUGAAGACUCUCGUUGUACCCUUGUGGAUGAUCUCUACCGCGUUGGCGCUGGCUGUAAAUGCUCAGAUUGCUGUAGAAGAUCUGUCUGCCGUACAGGACAAGGUUCUGACAUUAGUGAUGCAGGACUUCCACAGCAAAGACAACAUCAAAAAUGGUUUCAAAUUGACUUCACUCCUGGAAGAAACAGAAUUAGAUUUUUCUGCUGGAAAAUUUGUCCACUUGAAUUUUACAGCAAAACAGACAGCAUGCAAAAGGGACAACUGGAAGAGUGACAACUGCAAAGUCAUUAAAACUGGGAGGACGUUUAGCUGUUUUUCCUGUUUCAAACUUGAGCAUGGUUCACAUAAAGUGAUAUCUAAAUUUGUUGACUGCAUCCCUGAGCGCCAUCUGAUAGAGGAAAGAAAUGAAAGGAGGAGAAAAUACUGCAAAGAAGUGGAGGGCAAGAAGGAACAGGGUCUGGGUCUGCCAGGGAUGGUCAGCUUCUCAAUGUCAAACUGAGAAUUCCUCUUCCAGAUCAGGGUAUAAGCUCACACGCUCACCCUUAGAUAGUGAAGAACUGAUCGGUGACCUUCUCAAGACCAUGUUUGGCUUCAUCGCUAUAAAAACUAUAUUGUUACUAUUAGAAAAUCUUAAUGAGGACGUGUGAAGAUUCUCACAAUCAUAUUUAAAAUUUCAAAAUAUAUUUUUUGUGUUACCAAUGGGCUUGCUUGAUAUUAAUUGCUUAAUGAAUGUGCGUGUUAUACAACUCAAUAUUGAUUAUGUGUAUUUUUUAUCAUGUAUUUAUGUGAUCUUUUUAUUAAAAGGGACAUGAAAGUCUAAAUUAAACUUCUGUGAAUCUGAUAGCAUGUACAAAUAAAAAAAAUCCACUUUUUUUGUU